UGUUUUCUCUCCACCUCCCGGAGGAGGAAUACAAGUUUAUCCUGCAGCAGGGACGGGACGGUCGGGCUCCUCCGCCGCUGCUCUCCUCCGUCCGUGGGCGUGCUACUCGACUUUCUGUCCUGUAUGGUGGACGUCUUGCUCAACACUUCUUUCUUGGAUGAUAUGGGGGAUCGUUCAAAAAAGAAGUCGGGAAUCGCAAUGUGCGUGGGGUGUGGAAGUCAGAUACACGACCAGUACAUCCUGAGAGUUUCCCCGGACCUGGAGUGGCAUGCAGCCUGCCUCAAGUGUGCAGAGUGCAACCAGUAUCUGGAUGAGACGUGCACUUGCUUCGUCCGGGACGGAAAGACUUACUGUAAAAGAGAUUAUGCAAGAUUGUUUGGCAUCAAAUGUGCAAAAUGUGACUUGGGCUUCUGCAGCAGCGACCUGGUGAUGAGGGCCCGAGGCAAUGUGUAUCACAUGGAGUGUUUUCGGUGCUCGGUGUGCAGCCGACACCUCCUGCCGGGGGAUGAGUUCUCGCUGCGGGACGACGAGCUUCUGUGUCAGGCCGAUCACGGCUUGUUGGUGGAGCGGUCCUCUGCAGGAAGCCCGCUGAGUCCCGGGAACAUUCAUACCAGACCGCUGCACAUUGCUGAUUCAAUUUCGGUCCGGCACCCACCUCACCACCGGAACCACGUCCACAAGCAGUCCGAAAAGACCACCCGUGUCCGGACGGUGCUCAACGAGAAGCAGCUGCACACGCUGCGGACAUGCUACAACGCCAACCCGAGGCCGGACGCCCUGAUGAAGGAGCAGCUGGUGGAGAUGACCGGCCUGAGCCCCAGGGUGAUCCGGGUCUGGUUCCAGAACAAGCGCUGCAAGGACAAGAAGAAGUCCAUUCUGAUGAAGCAGCUUCAGCAACAGCAGCAGAGCGACAAAACCAAUCUGCAGGGCCUGACAGGCACUCCUCUGGUGGCUGGGAGUCCGAUCCGGCACGACAACGCCGUGCAGGGGAAUCCAGUGGAGGUGCAGACCUACCAGCCUCCUUGGAAAAGCCUCAGCGACUUUGCCCUGCAAACCGACUUGGACCAGCCUGCUUUCCAGCAACUGGUUUCUUUCUCUGAGUCGGGCUCUUUGGGAAACUCCUCGGGCAGCGACGUGACCUCCCUCUCGUCUCAACUACCGGACACACCGAACAGCAUGGUUCCGAGUCCCGUCGACACGUGAGGAGGCGUCGGGGUCAGCUGGAGGCCCCCCACACCCGAGCUCUCAGCCUCACCAUCCAAACAAGGAAGCGCAAAAAGACCCCGUUGACAUUAAAUGGACCAGGAUGGAUUAUGCUGCAGGAUAGAUUCGCGCAGGUCCAAACUGGGAGGACGGGAGGUCUGACUGCAUCAUGGAUACACAGCUGUAGAUGAACACGAGGGGCUUUCCAGAAAAAAAAACAAAAAAACAAAAUCGUGCCAAUAGCUACCUGGAUAUACUGGGAAGAAUGUGAUGGGAUUCAAGCACAUAAAGCCCAUGCUGGACGUCUGAACGUCAACGAUUCCAGUAUGUUUGUCAGAAAAAUGCAACCUGUGUAGAUGUGCAUGACCUAUAAGUUUCACUAGACUGUUGUAAAUUAUUGGAUCAGAUGAAAGAGGUGCACCUCUGGCCUUUCUUAUAGUAAAAUAAGUUAUUAUUAUUUAUUAUGAAGGCAAACAUAACUGAUCUUAUAAAUAAAACAAUUGCUUACUGCAUGCAUAAUCAAUUUGUCAAUUAAUAAGU